AUGCGCGCGCCAGCGGGUGCGACAGUGGUAGAAGCGGUCGCGACAGCAGGAGGGGCGGCGGCGUCGCCUGCUGACUUGUCAAUUAAGAACGGGGUCACGGGAGUCACGGACACCCUACGGGCAGCCGACGGGUCCCGCUUUUUACGGCUGACUUCCGCUUUUUCCGCGUCGCCUAGUAGCAACGACACUUCUGGUGGUAGCAAUAGCAGUAGUAAUGAUAGUGCUAGUAGCAGCGCGUUUGGCGGCCCAGGCGUGGCGCAAGCGCUGUGCGAACUCAAACCCGCGGCGCCGACCAGCAACGAGUCGCAGCAGGCGCAGCAGCAGCAGUCCCCGCGCCAGCUGUCGCUCUCGUUCUUUGCGCGCGCCAGCCUGUGCGCGGAGGGGGAGGGGGCCGGGGAAGGGGAGGCAGUGCGGCUGUUGAAGGUGCUGCUGCUGGUAGUUCCGCUGAACGCUUCUGCCGCAGCAGCAGGGGGAGGGGGAGCAGCUGGAGGAGAGGCGGGGGAGCAGGUGUGGGGGGAGUGGCGGUUCCGGAGCUCUGGGCUAAAGAGAGCAGCAGAUGCAGGGGCAGCAGCAGCAGUAGCAGCAGCAGCGGCGGCAGCAGCAGCAGCAGCGCCCGCAGUGCAAACAGCUGUCGUGGAGACUGUAUCUCACAAUGCGGCAGCAGCAGCGGCAGUGGAGGAGGGGGUGGGGGAAUCACGGGUUGCAGCAGCGCGGACAGUGCAAGCAGCUGGUGGGGUAGCCCACGCUGCGGCAGUGGCAGCGGCAGGGGAGGGUGUGGGAGCAAUACCGGGAGCAGCCGAAUUCACUGUUGCUGCGAGUACGGGAGGAGGAGCAGGAGCGGGAGCGAAGGUGGGAGUGAAGAGAGAGGGAGUGGCUUCGGAAGCGGGGACUACUGCUAUCGACCUUGCGUCUGUCAUGCCAACUCGCACCGACCCCUCCCCUCUCAAGUCCUUCUCCCACUGGCCGCUCUCCAGCGCCCACCCGCUCCUCACAGCCGGCUCAACCCGUCGCAACCGCUCCUCCCUCUCCCUCACCACGCUCUCCGACCUCAACGCUGCCGCCCUCGCGCUGCACCCCGCCCCCUUCGCCCUGCUCGCCCCCGCCACGCCCUCCUCCCCCUGCCGCCCCUUCUCCUUCUCCACCUCCUUCACCUUCCGCAUCUCCUCCCCCAACGCCGCCGGGCUGGGCGGCGAGGGCUUGGCGUUUGUGAUGCUGCCGUCUCCUACCCUUGGCUUGCCGGGGCCCUCCCUGGGCUAUGGCCGCCUGCUGCUGCCCCCGGGGAGUACGACUGGUGCUGAUGACUCACAGCCCCAGCAGCACAGGAGCCUGGCAGUGGAGUUUGACACGGCCUCUUCUCCCGAGUUCUUCGACUGCCCCGACCACCAUGUGGGGGUGAACCUGCACGGCAGCAUGCUCUCUCUCGCCUCUGCCCCCGUGCACCCCCUCGCCAUUCCCGCCCUCAACGCCGGUCAGACCCUCCUCGCCACCAUCCAGUACAACGCCUCCUCCUCCCACCUCACCGUCUGGCUCUCCCCCGCCCCCUCCCCUCCACCUCCCCCCUCCCGCUCUCGCUCCUCCUGUCGCUUUCCUUGCUUCUCUGGUUUCCCCCGGUUCUCUCGCUCUCCCUCCCCCUCCUCCUCCUUUCGCUCCUCUUCCGCCUCCUCCCACUCCGCCUCCCCACCUCUCCCGCGCUCGGCCGUGCUGACCACAUUCCUGGACACCUGCGAGUGGCUGGGGGGGAACGACCCGGAGGCAGCAGCGCCCCCGCCGCCGCUGUUUGUGGGAUUCACAGCGGCCACGGGCAAGGGGGCGGAGCAGGCUCAGGCACACGAGGUGCUGGGGUGGAGCUUCCAAGUGGGGGAGGCGGAGGAUCCGCUUCCGUUUUGGGCAGCAGACUCGUUCUCCUUCCCCUACAUCACGCCAGCCACUCCCCUGCUGACACAUGGCAGCACACGGAAGCGUUUCUUCGCCGCCGAUCUCUCCGUCGCUGCUGACGUGGCAUCCACCAGCCAAUCAAACGAACCCGCCCCUGGAGCCCUCUUCUUCCCCCGCCGUCUCCCUCUCCUCUACUCCUCCUCCUCCCCUCCCUUGCCUCCUCCUCCCUUUGCUCGUCCUCGCAGCUCCCCCCGUUCCUCUCCUUCCUCCUCCUCCCCACCUUCCCAACCUACAGCCACCGAGCCUCCUGUCUGCAUGGCUCGCUCCUUCACCUUCACAUACGGCUUUUCCAUGAAUACAUCCGCUUCCCAUGGGCUCGCGUUCGUUAUAAGCACUCAUGCGACCGUAGGUCAAGGUGGGGCUUAUAUGGGGUACGGCCGGGACCCAUCCUCGCGACUCGCUAAUGGCAGCUGGCCGGACGGCGCGCGGAGUGUAGCUGUGGAAUGGGACACUGUAGCAAACCCAGAAAUGGGUGAUGUAAAUAGUAUACAUGUUGGCGUUAACACUGAUUUUAACAUGACCUCGAUUUUCGCAAAGAAAGUGGUUUAUGCGAUGGAGCCGGAUGACGUGUGGCAGAUGAGGGUUGACUAUAACGGGAGCAGCAAGGAGAUGCUGAUUCGGUGGUACAAACCCCAUGUUGUGAAGGGCAGCACGAGGCUCAGUUUUGACCUGUGUGCUGCUCUGACUGAUGUGACACAGACCACUCAAAGCAGCAGUGGCAGCGGCAGCGGCAGCAACAGCAGUAGCAGUGGCAGCAGCAGUGUGACGGACCUAUGGUCGCCAUCCUUUGGGCAGCUGGUCGUUGGGUUCACCAGCGCUGCUCUCCCUCCCCCCCCUGGCCGCCUGCCCUCCCCCGUCGCCCUCACCUCCUGGACCUUCCGAUUCACAGACACUGACUACUGCAACCACUCUCCCGUGCUCCCCUGCGGCAUGGGCGCAUGCUCUAAGGCGCCUUCCUGGUGGGACGCCUCUGUCCUGCUGCCCUCCUGCAAGUGCGCCUUGAAACUCCCCUCCUUCGAGCCCACCCACCUCACUGGCCUGCCCUCCUGCUUCCCUGAGGCCUACACGUGUCGCCAGCUCUACAGCAACCCAUGCGCCCCAGGAGUGUGUAUAGAUGGUGUGGAUGGCUCCUACUCCUGCCUCUGCCCCUCGCCCUACUUCCCCUUCGCCUUUUCUCCCAAGGGCACUGCCAGUUGCUCCCUGGUUCAAGCGGGUGGCACUCGAAUGCCAACCUUCCUGUCCCAGUUUGGUCUCACAUGCCCCCUAAUACUAAACACUUUCGGUUUGACACAGACCCAGUUUUUUAGUGAAAACAAGGGCUUCCAAUGUCGAGCUCCCAUUCCUGCCGACACCCUGGUCAACGUCACCAGUCGUGCUUUCUCCAAAUGUACAGCAAUGUACACUGUUAAUUAUGGCGACACCUGUGACUCCAUCAACGCGCUCUUCAACACGCAGAUAGAGCCGCUCAACCCCGCGCUCAGCUGCUCCGAUGGGCCGAGGCAUGGGCAGUUACUCUGCGUGGCGUUUGACCAAGAGUGGUACGACCAAGGAAACACUAACGUAAAGUGCAACCACUACGCACGCAUCACUCCAGCCACACCCUCCAGCAGCCUGCAGCAGACAGCCCCAUACACAGUCGAGAGCGUGCUCAUAAGCGAGCUUGAGAGCGCACAGACCUGCCAGGGGCUGUGGCGGGCAUUCAGCCUCGCCUCUCCCACGCGCUUCUUCCAGCUCAACCCCGGCCUUCCGUGCGACUCGCUGCUGCCUGACAGCCCGCUUCAAGGGAACUUUGUGACUGAG